CUCUUUCUUGCUUGUGUUUUGUGCUUGGGAGCUUCUUGGAUUCCCAUCAAAGACGGCUUCCAGCAGGACCUCUACCUAAACGAUCCAUCUUACCCGGGUCUGGGUCAAAAUUCAUUGUGUCGGCUGCUGGUCUGUCCGUCUGUCGCAAACGCCGCCCCGCCGCCAUCGCACCUUAGAAGAGUCAAACCCCGCCGUUGCGUCUCCUCAAGCAGUUCUGCUGGGCGUUGUCGCCUUAUUUCAUCUGAUCUUCCUGUCAAGCAUCAGCUUUCGUUAUGGCGUCAGAGCAGCCCGUCCAAACCCCCGCGACGGGUGGUUCUCUUGAGGACCGCAUCACGAAACCUGAAGAACCGCAGCCUUCCAAUACCGCAGAGAAGGACGCUGAAAAGACCAGCUCCCAAACUGAUGGCACUCCUGCUACCCUGGGCGGCUCAGCCCUGCUCGAACCCGAAUACACAGUCGAAGUCAAGCUCAGUGAUCUUCAGGCCGAUCCUAAUAACCCUCUUUAUUCCGCGAAAACUUUCGAGGAGCUUGGACUAGAUCAACGCAUCCUUCAAGGGCUUCUGGCGAUGAAUUUCCGCAAGCCUUCCAAGAUCCAGGAAAGAGCCUUGCCUCUUCUACUGGGCAAUCCCCCCAAGAACCUUGUCGGGCAAUCUCAGUCCGGUACUGGAAAAACGGCUGCUUUCGUUUUGAAUGUCCUCAGUCGUCUUGACCUCUCUACGGAGCAAAUGCAGAAGACCCCGCAGGCUUUAAUUCUGGCACCUACUCGAGAGCUGACACGUCAGAUUGUUGGUGUUGUCCAGGUUAUGGGCCAAUUCCUUGAAGGACUCAUCAUUGGUACCGCUGUGCGAGCGGAUACCAACAGUCAGCUACCAAAGAUGGACUGCUCUGUGGUUGUCGGAACGCCGGGUACAGUCAUGAACAUGAUCAAGAAGCGUGUUAUGAUUCCUGCUCGUCUCAGGGUGCUCGUCUUGGAUGAAGCUGAUAACAUGCUUGAGCAACAAGGCUUGGGAGACCAGUGUAUCCGUGUGAAGGCAAUGCUGCCAAAAGAUCUUCAAGUAGUCCUCUUUUCAGCUACGUUCCCCGCUCACGUACAUCGAUAUGCGUCAAAGUUUGCGCCGGCAGCGAAUGAGAUCACCCUGCAGCACGAGGAGUUAACCGUGGAGGGGAUCAAGCAAUUCUUCCUUGACUGCUCCAGUGGCGAAGAUAAAUACCAGACCCUAGUCCAGCUUUACGGUCUCCUCACCGUGGGAUCAUCCAUAAUCUUCGUUAAUUCCCGUUCCGCUGCAGCGGAAAUUGAAAAGCGCAUGGUUGCCGAAGGCCACACCGUAGCAUCUUUGACAUCCAGCAUCGAGGGUUCGCAGCGUGACGCGGUGAUUGACCGAUUCCGCAGCGGUGAAGCCAAGGUACUAAUCGCGACCAACGUUCUCGCCCGAGGAAUUGACGUCUCGACCGUCUCCAUGGUGAUCAACUACGACGUCCCCGAAAUCCACGACCGAGGUAAACCCCGCCAGGCAGACUACCAGACCUACCUCCACCGUAUCGGUCGUACAGGCCGUUUCGGCCGUGUUGGCGUCGCCAUCACCUUCGUCUCGGACAGAUUGGAAUGGGAAAUCCUCAAUUCCAUCCAGAGAUACUUCAACACGGAGAUCGAGCGCAUCGACACCCGCGACUGGGAUGAGGUCGAACGCAUCAUCAAGAAGACUAUUAAGAAUCCGCGCUCUCAGGCUACGUUUGGGAAAUAA